AAUCCUGCUGCGAGGAUGGCAGCCGGCUUGUUAGAUGCUUCCAAAUCCUGGAUUCAUCAUCCAGGUUCGGUGCCUGCAGCAGAGCCCGCCUACGGACUCAUAUAAACUCGCCGGCAGCUGGGAUCACCCAAGAUUCACCUGAUAUCCCAUCAUCCCAUGUCGUGAUCGCCUCCCAACCUAGCAACCCCCCGGUCCAGGCCCUGCCCAUCUCCCACACCACCCAACACAAGCGCCGCCCGCCAUGCAGCCGGUAGCCCACCCAGCGCCCGCGGCGGCGGCCCAGCCCGCCGUCCCCUUAUGGACGACCCUGCAGAAUACUUUUCGCCGCUCCCCGUCCAAGCCCUCGUACCCCCCGAUCUCGUCCAUCCCGCGCACCCCGGCGACGCGCCUCCAGCGGGCGUCGCCGCCCGACAUCCCCGACCGACCCGUACCCGCACCGGCAGCAGCACCAGAACCGAUACCGAGCGGUAGUAGUAGUAGUAGUAGUGGCCCCGACGGCGCCGCCGCCGACACGGUGCUCUACCUCGCCUACGGCUCCAACCUUGCGGCCGCCACCUUCCUCGGCGUGCGUGGCAUCCGGCCCGUGUCGCAGGUCAACGUGCGCGCUCCCUCGCUGCGCCUCGUCUUCGACCUGCCGGGCCUGCCCUACCUCGAGCCGUGCUUCGCCAACACGGCCGUCCGUAAGCUCCCCAAGCUGCCGCUGCCGCCCAAGCUCCCGAACCCUCCUCCCGUCAUCCCCGUCCCUCCUCCGCGCGUGCGGGCCGGCGGCGAACCGGCACAGCCCACGACGACGGCGACGACGAUACGGACAAACAGCCACGGCGACCCCGUCUGGGACGGCGGCCUCUUCGGCGUCGUCUACGAGGUGACGCGCGACGACUACGCCACCAUCAUCCGCACCGAGGGCGGCGGCUCCUCGUACCGCGACAUCCUCGUCCCCUGCCUCGAGCUGCCCCCGUCUGUCACCAUCCCCGAGAAGCCGGGCCCGGUCCCGGAGCUGCCGCGGCCCUUUCUCGCCCACACGCUCUUUGUCCCGCCCGCCAUCCCGACCGGCGGCGGCGGCGACCACGACGGCGAUGGCGACGCCAGCCACAUCAAGUUCCACGACGGAGACGACGAGAAACCCACCCUGCCCUGGUGGUCCCGCUUCCUGGCCCCGAACCGCCGCCCGGACCCGGAGCGCGCCCAGCCGAGCGCGCGCUACCUCGCCCUGAUCCGCGACGGCGCGCGCGAGCACGACCUGCCCGCCGACUACGUCGCCUGGCUCGACUCGCUGGCCUGCUACACGGCCACCAGCCCGCGCCAGACGGCCGCCCAGCUGCUGGUCCAGCUCUUCUUCCUGCCGCCCCUGAUCGCCCUCAUGAUCGCCGCGAACCUGGCCGUCGGGUGGCGGAAGAUGAGGCGGGGGGACAAGGGCAAGGACGACAGCGGCAGGCACCCGCUCUGGGCCCAGGUCGGCAUGGGCAUGUGGACGGCCGCCGUCUGGUGGGCCCACGACCGCGUCCUGCGGCCGCUCUUUGGCGACGGCGAGCGCACCGAGGAGCUGACGCGGGAGGGCGCGGUGGUCGCGCUUGGGCCGAGGCGGAUGAGCAGGUGCGACGAGGAGACGGCGCUGCUUGGUGGCAGGGAACAUUGAUGUCCGUUUUUUUUUGUUUGUUUUUUUUGGCUUAAAUUGCUGUUGCUCUUCAGGUUCCUCAUUAAUCUUCUCCUCAGCCUCGUAUCCAGCCUUCUUUUUUUCACUCUCGUUUUAUAGCAGAUAUAAUACAGUAUGUCAUGGCCAACUUUGGGCUUGAA